AAAUGCUGCAGCAGAAGCCACAAACCCAAGUGCGCUGAAGAUUUAAGCCUAUCUUUGGGCUUUUAGAUAACUGGAUGGAGAUGGUGGUUUUUGGAGAAGAUUUUUGCCGGCAACCGAUGAUCCUCAUCUUUUCCCCAACUGGAUAACACCAUUUAAUGAUUCUUGUGGGGUCUGCAGACUUUUGAGAGAUUGGCCAGCUGUGGCCAAUGACCCACCAUCUCACAUGCUCAGCCAAUGUGGUUUUAACUCACCCAUCACUCCCUUUUUCCAAUUUCCCCUCCUUCAAAAUUCUAUAUAUCCUCUCUCUCUUUCCCACCCAAAAGAGAGAGAAGAGGGUGAAGGAAAGUGUGUGCGUGUGUUAUAACAAUACAAAGUAAUUCUCUUUGGUUCUCUGCUUAAGCUAACAGACACCCCCAACAAGGCUAACUCUUUUUGCAGUUCUGAGUGUAGACAUGGAAGUAGCUUUGGAAGUGGAAGAUGAUUUGUUCUUUGCAGAUUUGAGCAGACAGCUCUCUCUUCUUCUCAUGGAUGAGAACGAAGAUCCUCUCCCUCACCCACAUGUAUCUCUUCAGGCUUUCAUAGGCGUGAGCAAGGGGACCGGCGUGUUCAUCCCCCGGUCGCUGCAGCCGGUGAGGAAACAGAGGCGUGGAAGAUACAACAACAACAACAACAACAUAAAGGGAAACCGGCAGUUUCCAAUCACUAUUGAUGUGAACUCCCAAGUAUCUUCCAACCAUUCGUUGCGUCCCAAAAAGGGUUAAGGAUUCGAAUAAUUUGAUGAAAAGGGUAUCAGAAAUCAGAAUUCAGAUUUAAAAAAGUAACCAUAAUAAUAGUAAUAAUAAUUCUUUCACCAAAGUAUUAAGUAUGGUGAUGCUGUACAUGGAAGGCUUUAGUUUUAGCUGUGUUAAUUACUGGUUUUAAAUGGUUUUUGCUGGUUCAUUGGAAGCCCAAGGUUUAUGAACCUCCCCCCACCCCCCUGUGAAAAAUUUAUGGUUGUUCAUGUUCUAAUAAUAUGGGAAUUUUAUUUUGAUCCUCUUUCUCUCUGGUUUUUCUUUCCUUUUUUGUUUAUGGGUUUGUGAGUUGUAAGUUCAGAGUUGAUCUGAAUCUGAACUGUGUAAAAGCUGAAUUUUUUUGAAGAAUAUGCUCUUAACUGGCA